AUGCCGAAGAGUCCCUCAUUGAGGCCGCGGCCCGAUGGGGCAGACGGCAGCAAGCGGCGUGCCGCUGUGGUCACCCUGGCCGAUGCGGCUGCUGAGUCUGCAGAGGAUGCACGACGGCGCGAUGAGGAUGCGUAUUUCCCGGAGCAAAACCGGCACAUCUCCGAUGCAGCAAUUGCUGUGAAUCCGCCGUGGAAUGUUCGUGUCGCGAGCGUGGAGGCAGCCUUAAUGGCCUGGCACUUGACUUCCAGCAUCCACGGCUGCUGCCGAGUACCUCUGACACUGGUGACUGAGCGUGGAGGCCGGCAGUACAGCUUUGUCUUCGUGCUGCUCACGCACAAUGAUUGCGUGGCCCUCAUUGGACGCUACCUGCUCAAGGAGAUCUCCUUUCUCCCGCUCGAGAAGCGUAAGUUCUCGGAUGCUGUGGACCACGUGGCCACAGCGCUGACCACACGGCAUCAUGAACUGAAAACUCUGUACCUGGGACAGCCAACCGAAGCAAUCAUCGGCCAGCCAGGCGACGAGCCCACGCACUGGCGAGUACUGAAGCUCUGCUGUAGGCGGCAGGAGUGGAACAGCAUCCUCGCUUCAUGCGACUUCUAUGUUGCUCGCAGGCAGGAGCUGGCUGCCUUCAUGGCUGAGACCAGCAUACUCAGUCAGAAGCCAGGCUCUGGCCAACACACGACUGUGCUUCCCAAGGGAUUGGAUCUCUGGCUGAACUCAAGGUCGGAGGUUCGCUUGAAGGUUGUGGAGCCUCUGCUCGUUCGACGACGGAUCAAGCAGAAAAAGGAUACCGCCCGGCGACCUCGUCCCACCGGCGGCGGCAUGGUGACCAUGGAGAAAAAGUCGGUCACCACCCUCUGCAUGAGAAUGGGUCGGAUGGAGCAGAAGGAAAAGCGGGAGCAGGAUCAGUGGCAUAACCUCGCCUUCCAUGCAAAGCAGCAUGGGACGGAGCCACAUGAGUCACCUGGAACCCUUGAAUGGCCACCAGUCCUAGAGACAGAAUGUUCUUCCGUGUCUUCAGACUCCUUGGAAGAAUACGCAGAGGACUUCCGCAUCGGCAAGCUCGCCACCAGAACUGCUUUGGAGGCGCAGCGUGCCAGACGCUGA